CCACGAGCUAAUCGGUACGGCCCAGCGUCCACUCACCAUAAUAUUGUCAUUAUUGUCACUAACCUUAACGCUGAGCGUUUCACUAUUCAGGUUUAAGCUGAAUGUUUGGAGUCUGAGCUAAAUGUUAGUUUCACGGUAAGUUCGAACAGACAUGGCUGUUAGGUGCAGGUUUCUUGGCUGCUGAGAGAAAGAGUUGGGUGCAGCCUGGUCAGAGUGACGGGCCAUGGCCAGCCAGGGCAGCAGUGUGGACUCGAGAGCCACGGCAAGGGGUGUGGGCUCCAUUAACUCCACCCCCGUGUCUGCCCGCAUCGAGUCCUAUGAAGGUGUGGAGAAGAAGUGCAUCUCUGAUCUCCGCAGAACCUUCUGCCUGUUUGUGACCUUUGAUCUUCUCUUCAUCACUCUUCUCUGGAUCAUUGAGCUCAAUGUCAAUGGCGGAAUAGAGCAACAGCUAAAAAGAGAGGUGUUAGAAUAUGACUACCACAAUUCCUUUUUUGACAUUUUUAUACUGGCUGUGUUCCGAUUUGCAGCCUUGAUCCUGGCGUAUGCAGUAUUUAGACUGCGCCACUGGUGGGCCAUCGCGAUAACAACAGCCAUCACCAGUGGUUUCCUAAUUGCAAAAGUUAUUAUAUCAAAGCUGCUCUCUCAGGGGGCAUUCGGUUACCUGCUACCCAUCACCUCAUUCAUCCUGGUGUGGAUAGAGACGUGGAUGUUAGACUUUAAAGUUCUGCCACAGGAAGCCAUUGAUGAAAACAGGUAUCUAACAAUACAAAGCAUCUCAGAGAGAGCUCCACUUAUGCUGCCGGGGCCUCUCUCAGAUGGACAGUUCUACUCACCACCUGAGUCUGUCGCAGAUUCUGAUGAAGAUCUGGAAGACAAGCAUGACCUUGAGAAACCCAUUGUCUAGCAGGUGUUCCAAUGUGCACGUAUAUUGGAACAUCCAGUAUAGCUUUAUGUGAAGGAUGUGUGCUUCGGUUGCUCAGGAGUAAUCAGUACCAUGCCAGCAUUAAGGUCUUGGCGAAUGUGCCCCUGCCUUGAGUUGCAUUUUUUAUUUCUGUGGUUUAUCAUGCAAGUGAUCUUUACAGGCAUUUUAGUUCCUCCAUUGCCAUUGUUACGUUCCUCACCCAACUGAUUAAUUCUUAGUGUUGCACUCUCAUAAGUGAUCCAUUCACACACAACAAUCCAUUGCGAUCCUGUUUGGUUGUUGUAAUUAAUGUUAUACUGUACACCAUGGAGUUUUCACUUUGUUUUGCUCAUGAAAAAAAUUCAAAGUUAAAAAUGAACUACUGUUUGCUUUUGAUUUUCAAUGUGUAUCGCACUUUUAUUAUCUUGUUUAAGACUCUACGAUAGCAGUUGGCUGCCUGGUCGUGUUUUGUUGUGCAAGAGGGCUGUUGACACUUCCUGUCUUUAUAUUAUAUUUAGAUCACUAAAAAUUACAAAACAUAUAGAAGUACAUUACUUGGAAUUGCAGAUGCAAAACUACAGAUUAUUAGGGUGACACAUUUUAUUUACAAUGUGUUUUUAUAGUUAUAUUCAAGCACCAUUUUUAACAAGUUUGCUGUCUCUCCUUGUGUAUGGGAUAGCCUUACACAUAUUAUAGGCAGUUAUAUUUUAGCUAAAACAUUUGCU